AUGUGAAAUGACUGAGGCUGCAGAUAGGUGGGGGGAAGGGGAGGAAACAGGAAGGAGCUAGAUAGGAGAAAAGGAGGUGGGGAGGGCAGAGGCUGCGAGAGCGAGAGAGAGCGCGAGAGAGACGUUAAGAGAGAAACUGGGAGGCAGCAUCACCCACCCAGACGGGGGAGACGGGGAGGAGGGGAGGGGAGACGGCGUGCCCGUCCCUAUAACAGACAGAGGUGAACGGAAAGUGGACAGGAGAGAGAGAGACAGAGAGAGACAGAGAGAGGCGUGAGGGGAGAAGAGGAGCACAAUGAAGGAGUGCCAUUGUCCAUCCUGCCAGCACUGCCAUUUCACCAUCUGCUGUGAGAGAGAGAGAGAACGAUAGAGAGGGAGGAGGGAAGUCAAGACGAGGAGAGGCAGCCAAAUCGGAGGAGAGGAUAGAUGGAGAGGAGCUGCCGCCAGUGACUUUGUGAAUUAAUCGAGCGGAAAAAGAGUGGAUCGGAGGAGGAGCACGUUUUUUUUUUUUUCUUCAGGGAGUGGACGGACGGACGGAGGGACGGACGGACGGACAGAGAGACAGAGGGGGAAGAGGACGGGUGGCCAGACAGUCCGAGACUGUUUAAACAUUUAUGUGAUUUCAUGUGAACAUGGAGCCCGGCUUUAGAUGAAUCACCGUGGAUUACCAACUGUAUGCUUUAUGAACCAAAACAGGAGCUAUUUAUGCUUUGCCAUUCAUAAAAAAAAUGAGUCUUAGGGAAUUUGAGUAGACUGUCUUUAUACAGAACAAUUUAAAUGACUUUUUUUGUUAAUAUAGGUUCUCUUUGUGACUUCUGAUUUUGUAGUCUUUAUGUGCAUUCUCUGCAAGAUGUGCAAAGAAUAUUCAGGUUUUUCUGCAAGUUUUCUAAGCAUCAUUGUUGUUUAAGUAAAUUAGGUGUCGUAGCUGUUGUUUAUACAAGUUGUUAGAAAAGUGACUAUUGUCCCGUUUUUUUUAAAGAACCUCAGACACACAGUCAGACGCUGUCUAGUCGGAGUCGGUCAACAUUGACGGGUUUCGUUGCCGCCGCGAUGCCUGUCAACCUUGGUUUCCUGAAACCCAAUCGACCUUUCUGCUAGCCUUUAGUUUUUCCUGCAGUUGUCUUGUGAAAAACACGGAGCCUUUGAUGCAGCAACUAAUUGCUGUCACGUGACUUGACCAAGCAGUUGUCUCUUUGUCUAAGGAUUUCUGCAGUUGUCGGGACUUCUCAGUGUUCGUCCUCCACAGGCAUCUCUUUUUAAUGGCUGUUGCCAUAGCAACGGGCAGCAGCUGCAGACGGAACAAGAUGUCAAGUUCAUUUAUUUGGUGUCUCUAAAAAACGGUGCUGUUUAGUACAUAAGAAGACAGUUUUUGCACUUGUUGUUGUUUUUUUUCUUUUCUUUCCUAGACAGUUUGUCUCUGCGGAGAUCAGCAGACUGUGGGAAUCAAGGUUGUUUCAGGUCACCUGUUUCCCCCCCCCCCUGUUCUGUGUAAUCUCGUGCUAGUCGCAAUCGCUCCCUUUUUUUUCUCGUGAUGGCAACCACACCAUCUUCAUCAGUCAAGCUGAUGUGCCAUCUACCGGGAGCAACGGGGAGAACGAGGUCUUGGCGCCGGUUUCACCUGACAACCGAUCAUCAGGAGUGCUAAGCCCGUGACAAGCUGUUCCUUUUUACUGUCUCUGUGUGGGUGACUCAGGUUUUCUCCUCAUGUAGAGGGUCAUUUCCUCCGCAGUCACCUGACCUACACUGUGUUCUGUGCACCAACGCGCCCUCUAGCCCACCUGUGUGUUAGAACACAGCUGGGUAUCCAUUUCUGUUGGGCCCUUUUUUUUUUUUUUUUUAAGCCGCUAUUUCCUUCUGAUAAAACGGGUGUGACGGACUGUUUUGCUUCCUCGAUUGUCCAGCUGCCCGGGCGUCUCUUUUGUGACGUUCCCCAGCCAUACUUUCUUCUCCGGCUCUCUGGGGAUCGCCGCAGCCUGUCCGGCAGUGUCGUCGGCAUGACCGGCUCCGCCAUGGUGCUUUCUGGCGGGGGCGCCAGACAGGAUGACUAGCUAGGAUCGCAAGACAGUCCCUCCGUGGUGCUAGACUGGCGUAGGCGACGCUUCCUUCGGCCCGUGCGCCCGGCGCCCACGGCAAGCUGGUGUUUCAUGUACUUCAGACACGGUUAAGUUCUGUGUGGGAAGAAAUCCUCGCUCUGCAUCUCUGACACGUCGGUGCCAAACUUAGACCUUUUUGAAAGGUCGAGGGAUUGCAAAAAAGAAAAAAAAAAAAAGCAUCCGGCGAGCUCGCUGCAGGGCGAAGCCUGUUAGGCCACCUGGCCUCUGUUAUCGCAAAACGCGCUCUUGUUUGGUAGUUUGCUGUAGAUGCGAGAGAUAAGCGCUGCCUCUUUGAUGAGGACGGAAGCGGUUGAGAAGUGGGGAACACUUGGCUCGCUCAUAUCGCGCUCUUCUCUCAGGUAACUGACUAUGGUCCAGGCUCGUUAUUUCAAUCAGGCAAAGUGAUAAAGAGAGGCUCGCGGAGGGAUCGGCGUGCAGUUUGGAUUGAGCCUCUCCAGCCGAGUGAGUGAGUUCAGGUUCAACUCUGAUGAGCCUCCAGCACCCUUCAGGGAACCCUGGGUCAAGAGUUCAAAAACCGACAAAUCAGGUCUCAUCAACAUCACAACAAGCCCACCGUCCUCAGCCGAUGACCUACAUUCUCCGGUGUUACGUCACCACCGUGCUACUGCAGUGUGUGUCACUGUAUCACACAACAUCUCAGACUCAACCUAUCGCUAUCUAAUGGUGCUCUUAAGGGGGGGAGGGGAGAAAAAUCCACCCUCUUAACUGAGGUGACCAGUUUUAGGUAAAGAAACUUCAACCAAGGCAGCCUCAGUUGUUUUAACCACAUCAGGAACUUUUGUCAGGAAAGGGCCCGACACUGGCGGCCCGGUCUUAACUACGAACUUCUUUUCUUUGUGAUUUCCACUGGUGUCUAUAUAUAGGUGGCCACAACUAGCCUCUAGCCAUCCCUCAACGUCCGCAGGGCCUGACUGUCAGGGCUCACCACUAAUACAUUAGGCAGAGGGAGUCUAAAACAGGGCAGCCUGGAGAACGGGCGGGCCGACGAGGGAGGGGGCGGGGGGGAGAUCAUCUGGAAGAGGAGAGAGGAAGUGGUGGCGAGGGAGAGGGCGGAGGCGUCUGAGAGGCAGAGGCUGGCAGAGCACAUCGUGUGGAGGAAGAGGGAGGGCUUCCAGGAGAAGCGGGGAGAGCGCGAGAAGGGAGGCCAGAGCGCCGACAAGGUGCCAGAAGUGAUCUGGAAGAGGAGGGAGGACGAGGAGGAAGGAGACGCGGGGAGGGCGCGAGCCAUUCAGAGGGGACAUGAAAUCAUUUGGAGGAAGAGGGAGAGGGAGUAAAAGAUUUUGAGUAAGCAGGUGUUAAAGAAAAGCGCGCCGCGCUGGGUACCAGCCAUACGUCAGUAAGCUUCUCUCUUCUUUAGCCCGGGCUCCAUUGAGCUCUGUAGUAUCGAACCAAUUGGAGCCGUGCAGCCGAGUGUGUGUGUGUGUGUGUGUGUGUGUGUGUGUGUGUGUGUGUGAGUGUGUGUUUGCCUGUGCUGUGUUCGUGCGUGCAGCGCCCCUUUGCGAUUCCCCUCGGCGGGCCGCUAAUAGGAUAUUUAUGGGAACGCAUCAAGCGGGAUAGAGCUGCCAAGUGGAGCUGCUGCACACGUGCGCGCACCUGCGCACGCCAACACACACACACACGCGCGCGCCGAUAAUCUCAGAAGCGUUGUGGGCAGAGAAGAUUUAGACCUCCCUCACACGUGUGUGUGUGGACACGUCACGUACAGGAGCGCACCCUUCAGUGAAGUGAGACACAUGCUAGUGGGGGGGAGGGAGGUGGGGGGGGGCAUUGACAGACAAUCACUUGUGCCGAUUCUCCAUGGUGCCGAACGACAGCUGGAUCCCAGGCCCUCGCCGCUAAGUUGGGGGCAGGAAGCGCACUGACAUUGUUUUACGUAACGGGCAAAGCAAUCACGCGGUCUCGUCACCAGGGGGACGCGACAAACGGCGAUGCCGUCUCUCCCCCCCCCCCCCCCCCCCCCCCCCCUCAGUGAACUGAGGACAAGAUGAUCCGCCCAGGUGCACCGAGAGCAAACUUUUCUGCCAUCUGGGACUGGGACGCAGCUCUUUUUCCCCCACUGCGCUCUCGCUGUGGAUGAAGGCGCUUUGAAAGGCGCUGGGUUUCGGUCGCCUGGCGACGGGUGGAAGACGCCGGGCAGAUGGACACAGCACUUACGCCGAGGGAGGCCGACAGAUGGCCGCUUGUCCUUUUUCGAGAGAAACUGUAAGAAACGAGACAAAGGGACUUUGAUCACACCAGAGUCCGUGUGGAAUUUUUUUUUUCUUCAAAAACUGCCACUGCAGACUCACCAUGGAGCUCGUCCCGAAAACCAAGUACACCCACUUUCGGAGUGAAUCGCUGAGCUCAGCGGACGAGACAAACUCCAACCCAUCACCCUUCCCUCCUUCCAGUCCCGCCACCCCGCUCACCCCCUCCCCCGGUUUGCCUUCUUCUCUCUCCUCCUCGUCUCUCGCGCCGAUCCUGCCGCCCUCUUCUCCCCGCCAGGCCGAGAACAGCCCCACCACCCUCUGCUCCUUCUUCCCCAGGAUGGGAUCCCUCCGCCUGGGCGUCUCUGCCACUCUCCUCCCGGGGCUCAAGGCCUCCAGCAGGCCGCCGCAGCAGCCUCAUCCCUCUGUCGAGUUCUCUCGGGGCGACCGGAGCAGCUCCAGCUCCUCCCCGCCGCGCCGUCACCCAAUCACCCCUCUAACCGCUCCGUCUCCCCCUCCACGACCCCCCCCGCAGGACAUGAACCGGCUGGGAGGGGCGUCCAGGAAGGCCCGGUCGGAAGCGGCCACCAGGAAGGCCCGGGUGGAAGGAGGGCAGCUGGGCGGCGACGAGUGGACGCGCCACGGCUCCUUCGUCAACAAGCCCACCCGCGGCUGGCUGCACUCGGACGGCGUGGUCAGCACCGCCGGUGUUUCCUACAGCGUACGCUACAUGGGUUGCGUGGAGGUGCUGCAGUCCAUGCGCGCGUUGGACUUCAACACCAGAACUCAGGUUACCAGGGAGGCCAUCUCUGUGGUGUGCGAGGCAGUGCCCGGAGCCAAAGGAGCCCAGCGCAGGAGGAAGCCUUCCUCUCGCUGUAUGACGUCCAUCCUGGGGAAGAGCAACCUGCAGUUUGCCGGCAUGACAAUCAGCCUCACCAUUUCGACCAGCAGCCUCAACCUGCUGGCUUCCGACUGCAAACAGAUAAUCGCCAAUCAUCACAUGCAGUCCAUCUCCUUUGCCUCUGGAGGAGACCCAGAUACAGCGGAGUACGUAGCAUAUGUGGCCAAAGACCCAGUCAACCAGAGAGCGUGUCACAUCCUGGAGUGUUCGGAGGGUUUAGCGCAGGAAGUCAUCAGCACCAUCGGUCAGGCCUUUGAACUGCGUUUCAAACAGUACCUAAAGAACCCUCCCAAACUGGUCACGCCUCAUGACAGAAUGGCUCCUUUUGACGGCUCGGCGUGGGAGGAGGAAGAAGAAGACGAGGCUGCUCCACCCCCUGACGUCCCUUACUAUAAUAAUUUCCCCACUAAACAGCCUCCCCCUGGCGGACUGGUCGACAUGAGGACCCGCCCGGGGGCCACGCUGCCCUACGGACAGCCGGGCCAGAGCGACAUUCACAAGCAGCCUCUGCCGCCUCUGCCGGUUGGGGCCAAAGAAGGCGGACGGGAACUAUUCGAUGACCCUUCAUACGUCAAUGUGGACAAACCCCGCCACCCAGUUGCUGCUAAUGGAAACGCUCACAGGGACGCUUUUGACAUGAAGCCAUUUGACGACGCACUGGGAGUCUCCGGGCCCGGUGGAGCGAGCUCGGCGCCGGCGCCCCCUCUGGUGCAGCAGCUGCAGUGCGAGGCCUGGUUCCACGGUAGCAUGAGUCGCAGGGAAGCCGAGAGGCUCCUGACCCGCGACGGAGACUUUCUGGUCCGAGAGUCCGGGACCACGGCCGGACAGUACGUCCUCACGGGACAGCAGGGGGGCCAGCCCAAACACCUGCUGCUAGUCGACCCGGAAGGAGUGGUGCGCACAAAAGACCACCGGUUUGAAAGUGUGAGUCACCUGAUCAGUUACCACAUGGACAACAGUCUUCCCAUCGUCUCAGCUGGUAGCGAAGUGUGUCUGCAGCAGCCAGUGGAGCGCAGAGCCUGACGAUGCACAGCAAAAUACACACACGAUCCCGCAGCAACGUCAUCUCCAGACAAACACAAUUUUCAUAUGAUAAAGCAGACACUCAACACACACAUACACGAUAUGCACAAACCAUUGCAAUGAGAGACAGAAAAAGAAUCACCAGUUUCUCUUGUCAAAUCACUCGCGUGCUGCUGUUGCCACACGUUCCUUUCUGAAAGGCGGACUGUGACCUGCAGUCCUCUACACCCAACAAAUAUCAGGCGCAUCGCUCCUCAACGGAGAAGCACUGCUGCAAUUUCUCUGCAUCCUACUGUGAUCCAGGGAGAAAACAAAUGCAAUUUUUCUUCUUUUUUUUUUGGAAGAAAAAACCUAAAAUCUUAACACACAAAAGAAAAACGGAGCACCUCACAAAAAAAAAACCAGAGUGUGGAACUGAAUUGAGCAGAAAGGAGCAUUAAUGGGCCACAGAAAGAGAUGUGUUGUGUCACGCAGGGGAAGGUCUCCCCUCCUCAGACUGUUGCUGCAGCACACGAGCCCAAACACAAACUGGACGGUAACAGUUCUUUGCUUCAGAGAUGGACCCGGGCCUCCAGCAGGAACUCUCCCCUCAGGUGUCACUGCGGCACUCAAGCCUGACUUUGAGGGGAAAAAAGAAGAAGAAAAAAAAACCAGUGAAUAUGCAUUAAGUUCUUUUUUUAGUCGUAUUUUUCUUCCAGUGUGAUCAGGAGCGCCUCCUGCCCGCCCAACCGCUCCCCCUCCUAAGGACUAUUCGACCCCUGGAGAUACACCUGGUGGUGAUGAAAGCCUGUAUGCAUACCUAGGGGACUGCUAUGCCAAUGACCAUGUUCUUUUUUUUAUUUUUAUGUUUUUUUAUUUCCAUUUUCUUAUCUUAGGACAAUGUGAGUUGAGUAGGAGCUGGACAGCUGUUUGUCCCUUAAUCCCUCCGUAGAAACGGACACAGCUGCACCUUUUUAGAAAACGCAGUCUGCGCCACCCGCCACGCCAAAGAGAAUCAUCUCUGUUGCCGUGACAAUUAUCAGCGGUUAUCCGUCUCGUGUGCUUACAGCAUUGGGAGCGAGUUGAGCCUGUUUCAGAGGCGGGGGGAGGGGGGGGGGAUCUGGCCAACGAUGCCUGAAUAAAUCAGGAAAAAAAAAAGAAGUCAACUACUUUGAUUUGUCACCCGACAACAACUACAUUAUGAGGAGCACCACUUUGACCUGGUGCUUUUCAUCGUUUGCACUGACAAUCUAUGGGUUCUAUCUUUACAGAGGAUUCAGGCUGAAAGGAAAGGAGAGUAGUUAAAGAGGGGCCUCUUCAAAACGUUGGCUAAUAAGAAACGUUGCGAACAGCUCAAGGAAUUAAUUUUGUGCUGCAAGAAAUGAUGCAAACUAUGUCAUUGUAACCAGUUGGGUAAUUUUGUGCAUCGUGACGUCAUUUUUUUUAAUCAUUCGAGGGAAUAAUGUCCUUUUUGAAAGAGCGAUUAAGUUUGGGAGUGUUGAUAAUGUCAAACCAAAUGUUGUUUAUUCUGUUUUCACAUACGUUUGAGGAUCCGAGGGGAAGAAGUUCACGCUAUUGUUCCUACUUCCUGUAGAUGUUGGUUUUUUUAAAUAUAUAUAUUUUUUAAUUGUGCCUUGCUUUCUCGAUGCAGUCACGUCACUUCAAUGCAGUGACCUUAUGUGCUUAAUUCAAAUGUAGUGGACUACAGGAGAAUCUUACACAAGCCUCUCAGUUAAAACAAAGACUCUGCAAAAAUGACACUCCAAUAAACUCACAUACACAUCCAGUGAUGGCAAUCUCCUCUGAUGCACAUUGUUGCACACGGCUUCUAGUCACAGAUACUUGAUGUCACCGUCGGUUGGGGGGGGGGUGGUGGGGUAUUUCCUGACCGUCUGUAAAUAACAUCGACUUUUUGACUUGUCGGCUUAGCAUUGGAUCAUUGUUCUCACAGUUGUAUCUCUAGCGCGUUUGUGUAUACGAUGAGUGACUCGGACACAACAGCACUGAGAUGCUCUUAAAGACAUUUCAACUUUUCAAAGAGAUUAACGGCAAGCUCUACAGCUCGGGUCGGUCGGAUGCUCACACUUUGCCCAGAUCGGGUGUUUGUAAGUCAGAGGUAGGAAAACCAGAGCUUUAAGAUCUGCCAUUGCAGUGUAUGUAUGUAUGUGUGUGUGUGUGUGUGUGUGUGUGUGUGUCUGUUUGUGUGCUGAAACACGCCCGCCUGCCCCUCUGCAUCAUUAGUGAACCGGUCUCGUGCGAUCAUCACUCAUCACAGAUGCCUUUUUUGUUGCAUGAAAAUCCUUAAUGAAAUGUGUUGUGUGUCCUUGGUGGUGGUGGUGAUAGUUUUGAUGAUGAUGUUGUACUUUUUUAAUUUGUGAAAGCCAAAGGUUACUUUCAAAUAGCGUGCAAAGAUAUUGAUUUUUACUUCAUGUUUCUUUUUUGUUUAUAGGGAAACAUUGCUGUUUACGCCUGUAUCAAAAAAUGUAAAUUGCAUAUAUAAAUACGUAUAUCAUU